CCCUCCUCUCGCGCCUCGAUCUUUUCAACGCCACGAGAAAUAACCAGUCCUUCUCGCGAUAUAUUUUCGAAAAAAUAGUUUUGGCAGCCACAGGAAUCCUCGAUCCCCUCUUCUCGCGGUUUACGAGAAAAAUAGAGAACUGGUGUGGAGAAAUUCCGAUUCUCUCGCUGAUUAUCAACUGCAAGCCCUUGAAAUUCAAAGUAGGCAAGACGACCAAAUCUUACAAAAAAGAAAGCGGGCAGUGGAUAGAUGCUUGGAGACCAAGUAAUUUUAUUCUCUUAAACGACGGGUUAUGGAGUCGUGUCAUAGUGUUGUCAGGAGUUAUAAUAUCUAUCGAUUUGUAACCCCAAAUUGCCCUAUAAAUUUGAACAAAUUUGCGAGCGUACCACUGUCUGGCUCUUCUCGCGCCGCCUUAUCCUUAACAAGGAGUAGAAGGAGAAGCAGAAGAAGGGAGCUGCCGCCGUCAAUGGAGACGCCACCGGAUGGGUAUAGAAGAAAUGUGGGGAUUUGUCUCGUUAAUUCCUCUAAAAAGAUAUUUACUGCUUUGAGGAUAAACAUCUCGGACACGUGGCAGAUGCCUCAGGGUGGUGCUGGUGAGGGUGAAGACCUAUUGACUGCAGCCAUGAGGGAAUUGAGGGAAUUGAGGGAAGAAACCGGUGUUACUUCAGCUGAAUUUGUUGCAGAGGCACCCUACUGGCUUACUUAUGAUUUUCCCCCGCAAACCAGAGAGAGACUCAGUCGUAGAUGGGGUACCAAUUACAAAGGUCAAACACAGAAGUGGUUUCUUUUCAAGUUCACUGGGAAGGAGGAUGAGAUAAAUCUUUUGGGUGAUGGAAGUGAAACUCCAGAAUUUAAGGACUGGGCAUGGUUGUUGCCGGAAAGAGUAUUGGAGCUUGCUGUGGAUUUCAAGAAGCCAGUCUAUGAACAAGUUAUGAAGGUAUUUGGUCCAUAUCUUCAGGCAGAUGCGGAUGAAGAUAGCGCAGCACAAAAUGAAACCGUGGCCGAAGUGUACGUGGAGUCAACUCCUGUGUAAAUUACCUGAAAUUUUAAAUUCUUUACUUUCAUUAGCAAAUCUCAUGACAUAAUAAACUAUGGUACUUCGCUAAUUUUUAUCUUAAUAUAAGCCAACCUCAAAUAGAAA